CCCGUUAGCCCCGCUGUUACUUGGAGAGAGGAUGCCCCACCCCUGCUUGGUCAAACAGCAACUGACAAAUCCCAUUCAGAUUACUUGAGAAUUUGCAUGCAUGUUGCUUCGUCGAAGGCGGCUUCGGAAGUAAGCGGAGUUGUGCGUGAGCGUAAAGCCGUUUCUUAGCGACAGGGGAUCCGCCCGAGAGUUGCUGAGGUCGGGGCAGAACCGCGCGUUGGGAGACGGCGGCUCCGCUCGCAGGCACCUGCUUUUUGUCUCCCCGCUGCAACGCUUUGGUUUCCAAGACCGCUGCGGGUCUGGGAAGAUCCCCGCGUGGCACGUGAUCGCCAUUGGGGAGCCAGUGAGACGCUCCACGGGGCGAUCACCUGAAAGUUGCGGGCGCCUCCUCCUCCUCCCACUCCCAGAUUGGGGAAAAGAGCUCCGCCACGCUCACUGGCUGGGCCGGCAGUGGCAGCACGGAGCGAGGCGGAGCGGCCAGGAAUCUCCCCGAAGAAGCCCUUGGGACGCCGUUGUCGGGGAAGAAAAAAGAAGAGGAUUCUUGGGCGCGCCUGGAAGAAACUCGGCCAUAAAGCAUGGCUUUUGGAAAGAGCCAGAAGGAUCCUUUCGGCACAGCCGUGGGUCACCUGAUAGAAAAAGCUACUUUUGGAGCGCUGCAGACAGAAGAAUGGGGUCAGUUCAUGCACAUCUGUGAUAUCAUCAACACGACUGAGGAAGGGCCCAAGGAUGCAAUCAGAGCACUAAGGAAAAGGCUUUCAAAAAACUGCAACCAUGUUGAGAUUCGUCUUACGCUGUCUCUUCUUGAGAUGUGUGUGCAGAACUGUGGCCCGAGCUUCCAGUCUCUGGUUGUGAAAAGGGAUUUCUGCAAAGACAGGCUAGUGAAGCUGCUGAAUCCAAAGUUCAGCCUGCCAGUUGAUAUGCAGGAGAAAAUCUUGACCUUUAUCAUGACCUGGGCCCGAGGAUUUCAAGGUACUGUGGAUGUCAGUGAGGUCAAGGAGGUUUACCUGGAGCUUCUCAAGAAAGGAGUUGAGUUUCCAUCCUCCAAAAUCAACAGUGGGACCAAGAAGCCUUUGACUCCAACCGCCACAAAAGUUUCAUAUGGGAUCUCCACGAGGGGCCUUGCGGGAUCCAUUCCCCCAUCUGCAGUGAUAACACUAAUUCCCGAACAGAUUGGAAAGCUGUACAGUGAACUGGAUAUGGCAAAGAUGAAUGUGAGGGUCAUGUCAGCAAUACUGAAGGAAAAUGUCCCUGGAUCAGAAAAUCCAGAUGAUAUGGAGCUUCUACAGAAGCUCUAUAAAACGUGUCGGGUAAUGCAAGAGAGAAUAAUGGAACUUAUAGCAACUCUGCAGAAUGAAGACGUGAUCACUGAACUGAUACAAGUGAAUGAAAAUCUGAAUAAUGUCCUACUGGGACAUGAAAGGUUCUCUCGAAACAGAGUACGCUUCUUGGAGAAUUUGAGGAUUCAAAAUGAAAGUGUGGCAGUCAGUGGCAACCAGCCAUCUGCUCCUUCAUGUGAUUUGCUUGACUUGGAGUCCAGUUUUUCUCCUACUGUGCCAAAGCCUGGGGAAGUUGGCCCUGUGACUCCACAGUUUUCAGAACUAAACUGCCAAUCACAAAGUGUUGCUGUUUCAAGCCCUCAUCCCACUCAGCCAUCACUUUACCCUCAACUGCACUCACUCACUGCUGCAAAUGCUUCACAGUCCCUGUUCACAACAGAAGCACAAAACACAUGCCAAAUUUUCCCAAGUGGUUCCACAUACAUCAACGUGAACACAUAUUUAAAUCCACUGCCUCUGCAUCCGGUAAGCAUUCAAAAUAAUGGCUCAAGAGAUGCGCCACCAACAGACUUAUCAAAAAGCAGUCCAUCACCUCCUAAUUAUUAUGAGCUAAUGGAGUUUGAUCCAUUGGCUCCCACGGACAAAACAGAACCUAUAUAUGAAGACAUUGAUGCACACCUCUUCAAAGCAAGGGUUAAAAACACUAAUAGUUGUUAGAAGCAAUGUCCAGAAGAACCAGUUCGUUACCAAGACUAAAGACUAUUUUGAUCACCCAAAACCUGUCAGUUGAUUACUGGAUAGGAGGGCAAUUUUUGGAUGAUUUGGUUUUAUCAGACCAUUCAGAUGAGGACACUUAAAAUCUAAGAUGCCUAUCCUCUGUUAAGUGCAUUAAAUUAAGUUCAAGCGAUCAUUAAGAAUGCAAGGUUCUACUUGUAUAUAUACUUUGGACCAAAGUCUACAGAUGAUAUAAAGCAUGUUUUUCAAAAGUUCAUUUUUCUAGGGAGCAAAAUACCCAGAUUGUAUUUAUAAUAAGCUUGCACUUAGAAUAAGGUACUUUUAUUUCAUGGUACAUUUUGCUCAAUCCUAAAAGCAAAAUCCUUUUCCAUAGAAAUAACUGCAUAACAGAACUUUUGUUUAGGAAUGAUUAAUUUGAUGGACAUCAGAUGCAAUUUUGCUGGAAACCAUUCAAAACACCUGCAUUAGGCAUCAGGAACUAGAAGCCUAGGCCCAAAUCUAGGUCCUUCAGUACCAGCUAGCCCUCAAGCUGCUAACCUAGGAUUUACUGCCAGGCCAUUUGUAGGGAUGGAGCUUACGCUUGAUCCCUUCAGUAUAAUCCUCCUGGACAACUAAUUGCUAAUCAGGGUCGUAGAUAUUCUCAAAUCAGAUUACCUUACAGAAAGUUUGUUGGUCUUCUGAUUAGUCACUAUAGCACUUUUCUCUAAAUAGUUGCAAAAUACACUAAUUGUCUUAAACAUGCACAAGCUAUUCUAAAGCAAAGGGGAAUGUGAAUCAUAAAUGUGUAAGAGGGUUUGCUGUGGUAGAAAUCCUGCUCUGCUUUUGUUUUCUCACACACACAUGCAUCCUUAAAAUUUCCUAAGGUGAAUGCAUUCUCCACUAAAGAGGAAUUAAAUACUGCACAACCAGUAGAGUCCAGAAAGUUUCUAGGUUUUGUGGGUUUCACUGGGAACAGGUACAGCAAAGCACUAAACGGGGUGGAACACAAGCACCACUCCCCUUUAAGGUAUGUUGCGGUUAUUUUGCCCUUGCUUCUGUUAUUGCUCCUGUUCCCAGCAACUCGUGAUCUUUGAGCAGGAAAGGAUGGUUACUUGGGCAUGGGAUUACACAAUGUAAGAAGGGUUACUGGAAUAAGUGCCUUCUCUCUGACUAAAAGUAAAAUAUGUAUAGUUCCAAGACUGUGACCACCAAAUCUAUAUGCAAUAAAUGUCAUUACAAUUA